CGCAAAAGUGUUUGAUCGUACUAGUGCAGUGAACCAAAUAGUCGAAUCCAUUUUUAUUUGUGAAGUGUAAAAACAGCAAUGGCUUCGAAAAAAAUGCGGACUGAUGGAAGCUUGUCCAAAAAACGCCGUCAGUACAUGGAACAGUUAGAACGUGAAGGGCAAGCGGAGCAGCAAGCCAAUCUUCCGGGGCCAAGCGUUGUAUCCAGUGUACAAAGGCCGGAGCUGGAUGCUAACACUACUGUUGAACCAUUGCACGCUGCAACAGGUGAAAGAGUUUCGGGCAAUCACACCGAGAAGAUCACUAUAAAUUCUUCGGGAGGUGUAGCAGGUGAUGAAAGAGGCGUUCAGUAUAGUUCCGUGGAUCAGGAAGCCGAUACGGAUUUCGACGUGCACGAGGACAGCGAUUGUCAGGACGAUGUCGAAGAUAUAUACAUGAAGAGCGACACCACCUAUAGUUUCUUCGAUAACAUAACGCUGGCAGAAGGGCUUCGUUAUAUUGCCGUCACGAAGAAUUUAUCGCGGUCAACCGUCAACAUGAUACUGGCCCUACUUCGAAGAAAACUAAAUGUGUUGCUGCCAACGGAUUCGCGCACCUUGCUGAAAACGCCUUCCCAAAUUUCCGUCGACGGAUUACCGCUUCAUAAUAGUUCGGCAAGGCAACUAUGGCCGAUUCUUAUGAAGGUUGAGGAACUGCCAGAAGCCCCGGUAAUGUUAGUUGGGACAUAUUGCGGAUACACCAAGCCGGACAACAUCGAGCAGUAUUUGCGGCCACUCGUGACGGAAAUAAAUGAACUGCAUGAGAGAGGUUUGAUGUUCGGCGAUAAAAUGGUGCAUACUAAACUAUGUAUGUUUAUCACGGAUUCACCUGCUCGCUGUUUUGUCAACGCUACCAUUAUCUUCGUUGGAAAACAUAGCUGCCUGAAAUGUUCCUGCGUUGGAGUGCACGAAGCGAACAAGAUGGAUUCCAAGAAGCAGGAUACAAAUAAUAACAACUUGCCGCUACCGCCACAGGAAGACAAGAAGUACCUGUUUCUCUAUAAAAUGAUUGCAGAUGUUGAAGUGCAGUUGACCGCACAAAACAAAAAGUUGGAUCAAUUGACCACGAAAAUGGAGCAAUUGAAACAGACGAUUAUGAACCAUCCCAGUGGCAUCGGUAGCCCAGCAACAGCAAUUAGUACUCCAGCCUUCAGCACAGCACUCUUACAACAGUCGCUUAAACCGCAGUACAAAAGAAACGCAAAGAAAUAA